CGUCUGUUGUUGUCAAAAUAAAAAUGACAUUUUAAGAAUAAUUUUAAAGAAACAGCUGCAGGCAACUAAAAGUUAGUACAAAUCUCUGCGGCAUUUUGCAACAAUCAAAAACAAUAAUAAUUGGAAGAUUAAUACAUUUUGUGUAUAGAAAUGUUGUACAACAUAUAGAGUUGCAACGUUAAAUAUCUGCUUAAACAAUCUAAAAUUUUAUUGCUACCAAGUUGUAUAAACAUCUUCACCUUGUUUGCUGAUGACGUAGUUCACCUGGGAAGAGCGGCUGGUGAAGACAACAGAAAAGGAAGAGCAAACGCAUAGGAAUGUUUUAUACAAACACACUUCGAUAGCAAACAAAUUAACCGAUUAGUACAAAGGCCACAUUUGAUUUUUUCUUUAAUAAAAAACAGGUUUCUACGCUGUAGUGAUUCAUUGCUUAUAUUUUAAUAUUUACAUACCGCUGCAGUAUAAACAUCUAAUUGCGUGCUGAAUUAUAACUAAGAAACUUGAAAAGUGCAAAAAAGUGUUUUGAGUGCUGCACGCGUUUAACUACAACAACUCACUGCUGUAACGGCCAAAAUAUAAUAAUGCUGCCCCGUACCGCUGAAAUUGUGCGUGUGUUGCGCGUACGGCAGCAUUUCUUUGGGCGACGAAGCUUGAACAGUUUAAGCAAUAUAGUGUCAAUUGGAAGGCUUAAUCAACACAUGUCCAAUGAUGCAUUUAGCUUUACAUAUAGCCGAAUCUCAAAGAAAUACGCAAAUGCGCAGCUGCUGCGUUGCACGUACUCAUCAAAGAAGGUGGAAGCUGCUGCUGUCACCAGUGCAUCCAGUUCGCCAGCCAGUAUUGGUAAUGAGGCCACAUCAAAAGUUAAAACUACACAAAAAUCCGCUACAGAACCUAAGCAAAUUAUGAAGUCAACCACACCAACCAGCGCAACGACGGCGGCCGCCGCCUCCUUGCAAACCAGCGAAACCAAAAAGUUGGAAGUUAAAACAACCAAAGGCAUACUCUCUAUUACUGCCACCAUAGAAGGCUCGAAAAUCAAUGAUAUCGUUUUCGAGAAAACCAAACCACCUGUUGCGCCAGACGCAACCAUACCACCAGCCAAAUUACCAGUGAGUGAUGUGCUAAAAGAGACUGCGCAAGCUGCCGCUGCACAAUUGCAGACAUCAGCCACAAUCGAUGCAGCAGCGACUGCAGCGACAAUGGCAGCGGCCACGGCCAAUGCGAAGGCGGCCAUAGCAAAAGCAACACAACCAAAAGUCAUUGCGUCCGCAACUACGGAUACUGCCACCGCAACAGCGACAGCAACAACAGCGGAGACGCAACAAACGCAGACAGCCAAAGCGCCAACUGUCGAGGUUGUUGUGCAGAAGCCGAAGCGCGUAUUGGUCGAUUUCAAUCGCUCCUCCUUGGAGCGUAAUUUCAUAACGCCGGCACGUGCUAUGAGCGAUUUUCUGCUGAAAGCUUCCGAUUUGGAAUCUUUAUCGAAGAUAAAACGCCGCUCGCCAUACGAACAGGAGCCACCCAUAACGGUGUAUUGGCGUAAAGAUGUCGAGGCGAAGGCGAUCGGUGUGUGGGGCUCACGUGAGAAUUUGUUGAAAGAGCAGCUGAAGCGCGAAGUUGAACGCAAGAAGCAUCAGCAAAAUCUCUUCACAGUGAAGCGCCGUUUGCGCGACUAUCGACGUGAAAUUGGCGCACGUACCGUGGUGGUUGACUCGGAGCCCGGUUUGACGGGCAAAUCGGGCAAAGUAGUGCUGAUCGCGAUUGGCAUUAACGGCCUCAAUUUCCUUUUCAAAGCCUGCGGUUGGGUGUACUCUGGAUCGCACAGCAUGUUCGCGGAGAGCAUACACUCGCUGGCCGACACCAUAAAUCAACUCAUCUUAGCCUAUGGCAUACACAAAUCCACACAAAUGGCGGACUCGGAUCAUCCAUAUGGUUAUAGCAAUAUGAAGUAUGUGUCUUCGCUCAUCUCGGGUGUUGGUAUAUUCUGUGUGGGCGCUGGCUUAUCGGUUUAUCACGGCAUAACGGGUCUCAUGCAUCCAGAGCCGGUAGAGAAUUUCUUCUGGGCCUUCUUCAUACUGGGCGGUUCGCUGGUGUCUGAGGGUGCCACACUCAUUGUGGCGCUAAACGAAUUACAGCGCGCGGCUAAGUGCAGUGGUGUCUCCUUUAAGGAUUAUGUUUUGAGUGGCAAGGAUCCCUGUGUCAAUGUUGUGCUAACCGAAGACGCUGCUGCUGUGACUAGCGUCGCUGUGGCAGCUACUUGCAUGGGUCUCACUUCAAUAACCGGCUUGCCAGUGUUCGACGCUGUAGGCUCGCUGUUAGUGGGUGGCAUUUUAGGCGCCGUCGCCUCCUUUAUUAUCUACACAAAUGCCACGGCGCUGGUGGGCAAAUCAAUAUCCGAAGAUUUGUUGAAUAAGAUAAACGCUGAGCUGGAGAGCGAUGUAAUGAUACGCGCCAUACACGAUGUCAAAGGCAUUGAUAUGGGCAACUCACUAGUGCGUUACAAGGCCGAAAUGGAUUUUGAUGGACGUGAGCUGACGCGCUCAUAUUUGGAUAAACAGGAGCUAAAUGAACUCUUGAAGACAGUACAAUCAUUCCAAAAAGUUGAAGAACUGGAGGAGUUUCUGUUGAAGCACGGCGAGAAUAUAGUUGACCUCAUGGGCGGCGAGAUCGAUCGAAUAGAAAUGAAGCUAAGGAAAAAAUUCCCCGAAAUACGACAUUGUGAUCUAGAGAUUUUGUAAACUGCUGAAUAAAUCUUGUAUUUAACUUAAAUUUAGUGUGUAAAGAGAGCAAACGCAUGGCGGCUCGUCAACACGACAAUUUCAAACCUACCAUACAGAUGUAUGCAUGUUUAAAUUGUAUGUGUUGUUGUUGUUCUUGUGGUACCGUUUCGUUGUUUAUAAGCGAAGAGUGCUAAUUUUUAUGGAUAUGGACGCGCAAUUUGGACGCUAGAAACAUAAUCGAAGUUUCAUGCUGUGAAACCACAAUAA